AUGCUCUUAGGAGUUUUACCCAUUCCCUUUCUCUUUGGGGUUAAAAUUGAUGUAGAGGUCAGCUCCGACGACCCCGGGUUCCGUGGCUCCUGGUUCGUCGGCACCGUCAUCCGCCGCGAGGCGAAGAACCCUAAUCGCUACGUAGUCGAGUACGACCAGCUCUACGAGGACGAAUCUGGGGAGAAGCUGCUGCAAGAAACCCUCGAUUCGAUCCAAUUGCGUCCGCCGCCGCCGCCUCCCGAGAAGAAGAAGAAGGUCCAGUUCAAGUUCGGCGACGAAGUGGAGGCCUUCCACAGCGACGGCUGGUGGGAAGGGGCUAUUACUGCGGAGCACUCCGGCGGGAAAUUCGCGAUGUUCUUCAGAGGCUCAAAGGAGCAGAUUGUGUUUAAAGAGAAAGAUUUGAGGUUGCCUGUUCAGUGGGUUAAAGGGAAGCCAAGCAAAGUAGCAAAACGUGAGAGUUCGUCUGAGCCAAAGGCAGACUCAAAUUGUCCCAAGGAAGUGAUGAAGUUCACUCAAGGAAUGCAAGUCGAGGUGACAACUGACGACGACGGUUUCAAAGGUGCUUGGUUUGCUGCAACAAUUAUUGAACCUUCGGGUGAAGACGAGUAUCUUAUUGAGUACAAAACCCUGACGAAUGAUGAUGAUACUGAGUUUCUCAGAGAAUACAUUCGUGCUUGCAACAUAAGGCCUUGUCCGCCGGAGAUCAUUGUUGUGGAUGGAUUCAAGGUGAUGGAUGAAGUGGAUGCUUACUACAACGAGGGCUGGUGGGUUGGCGUGAUUGCAAAGGAUUCUAAGGUGUAA